UGGCCUCCGGGCCCCACACGUCAUUCUCCCUGCCGAAGGAAAUACGGGUUCGGCAGCACACCCGCGGCCCCCUCCCUGUUUGUUCUCCUCGUGCUCCCUCUCGCCGACGGCGCCGCAACGCCGCGAGCCCACUAAACCCUAACCCUAGAUUGAGGGGACUGAGGGGGGAGUGGGGAGGAAUCGAAACGGCGGCUUUCGGCGGCGGCGAUGGCGGCCAAGCGGGAGAUCUCGAGCACCCUGAGGAAUCUAAAGUUUAUGCAGCGCGGCGCGGCUGCGCAGAAGGUCGAGGAGAAGGCCAAGGUGGAGGUGGAGGUGCAGGAGGAGGUGGUGGUGGCGCCGAGUGGAGGAUUUGGUUCUUCGGCUCAGGUCGCUAGGAAGUGCAUAGUUAUCAUGGAGGGCAAUCCACAUCCAGGAGCUGUAAAGGGUCGAAUGUCAUUCCAAAAUUUCAAUCCAUCCAUUGAUAAACUAAAUGCAGAGGCAAGAGGUGACUGUGAAACAGAAUCAGCUUCACCUAGUAGUCAUAAUCAAGACAGUGCAAACUCCACCAGAGGGGAUGAAGUUCCAGCAUCAAGAUUUAGAGGUUUCGACAUUGACAGUUCAGAAAGCAUAUCUCUAAAUGAACUGAAGAGGAAACAGCCUGAACUUGAGAUGGAAACACCGCCAUCUCAUAAUAACCCACGAAAGAUCAGCAUUGAUGGUAGGUCAUCUUCACAGAGCAACGGCCGUGGAUCACACAAGUCAAACAAGCGCGAAAAGAAGCUUGACUUCAAUCAUCUUAGGCAAAAGAAAUAAAAAUGAGGUUCUAGUUUACUAUGACCAUGUCUAGCUCAUGUACUCAAUUUGUAGUUGUACCCAGUUGGCGAUUUGCCCUGUUUUGUUGGUUAUAUUCUAGGGAUCUGGUAACCAUGCGAUGGUAUGCCUGUUCUUAACCUGGUGAGAUUCUGAGAUGUCAAUCGCUAUCUUUCUCUUGAUGUGUUGCUCUACUCUGCUGUAAGAUGUAAGGUUCCGCUACAGAGCAGUGAGGAAUACUACAGUUUUGCUUAUGUUUUAUGUCUGCACACAUUUUUGGUAAGGUGGUGAUAUUCAAAAUUGUUCUGCA